UCAUGAACCUGAACGUGCUCAGACACUUCAACCUGGACCAGUACCUGAACCUCAGAGUGAAACUUACACUAAAGCUUCAUUAAAUCAGAGACUUCCCGAGGACAUGAAGAAAACCUGGCAGGAGAUUUGUCCCAAAGGGGACAAGGAUGCUGAAACUAAGGAAUGGUUGAAGAAGGGUCUGGAAGAUCUGGACAACAAAGAGUUUAAGUACUUCCACUGGUACCUUCAUACUUCAGACAAGUCCGAGGUUGAUUUCCCACGAAUCAAAAAGAGCCGUCUGGAACAUGCAGACAGAUUGGACACAGUAGAUCUGAUGUUUCAGAAGUACACCACAAACACCAAGGAGGUGGCAGACAAGAUUUUCAAGACGAUAAUUCCACACGAAGGACAUAAGGACUUUAAAGUUUGGUUUCUGGACAAAUUGGAAAACCCGGAUAAGAAGCAGCUGAAGUUAUUCCAGUGGUACCUUCACACUGCAGACGAGUCCAAGGAUGGCUUCAAACCCAUCACAAAAUCUAAGCUGGAUGGUGCAGACAGUCUGGAAACGGUAGAUCUGAUGAUUAAGACGUACACCCCAAACACCAGGGAGGUCACGAAGAAGAUCCUGAAGAAGAUUGAAAGCAAUAAAGACAAAGUUAUACCUGAAACUGAAGAGCAGAUUAAUUCAUCUUCUCCAAGUGAAGAGAAAGAACUCAACAGGAUGCUUCUAGAUUGUUUGAAGAAGGUACCAAAAGAAACCUUUACACAACUCACAGAGGAUCUCAUGAGUGCAAACAUCUUGAAGUCAUCGGACAAGGAUAAAAUCUUUCAAAACCACACCCCAGUUAACAUGGCCACUUGCUUAGUUGACAGAGUGGAGGAAAAUAAAACCUCCAAAAAGCUGAUUGAUCAUCUUCAAACCGAAUAUCCACAACUGUUGUCUGAUGUACAGUCACCUUCUAAACCAGGUCGAGAGUCUAGUAAACACGUAAGCAACACGUAAGUUCAAUAAAUGGUUCUAAAAUCCAGAGUCAGAUCAAAUUUCUUCAGCUGCCCUUCCAACAUUCUUAUCCAAUUAUUAAUAUGAACUAAGGUCAGCUUGUUUUGGAAUUUAGUAAAUUAAAUUAAAAGUAUGAGGAGUAGGGAGGAACAGCACAAGGCUAGUUUAUAUCAUAUUUGUCUGGCAGAUAUCAGGAUCUAAAAUUCCAGGAUUAUUGGUGGAGUACCACAAGGCUGCUGGGUCAUUUUUCUCAACUAUAUAUUUGCUUCCUCAUGGGAUAACGUUCCACUUUUAUGCUCAUGAUACUAAUACUUUUUUUAUCCAAAAAUACUGAUGAAUCCAACCAGUUCAGUAGAUUACAAUUUUCUCUGAAACAGAAACUGUGUUAUCAGUCACUUGACAUGGAUGACAUUAAAUUAUCAUCCAUGUCAAUGAUGACAAUUUAAAAGUUGCAGGAAACUAGAAUUCAAGGUCUGUAUUCGGAAGCACCUGGUCUACAUGGUUCCUUUCUGAAAAGCAACUCUGAAACAUCUUUAGGCCCAAGACUGUUCAGGGGUUUAGUCGAUGAGAUUUUAAAGGCGUAGUAUUAUGUAAAAUCAACUUUUAUGAGCUUUACAUCAUGUUGUAAUGUUAUUCCGUCAUCGGAGACGUGUUGCAGGAUUUAAUGUGAUUCAUUUUCCAGCAAGCGUUUAUAGAGCUACGUUAGUCUCAGAAAGAUUUAUCAAGUGUACAAUGAUGCCCAAAAGAAUACAAGAUUUGUAAGUGUACCUCAUAAUUAACAGAUGUACUUAAAACAAUGCAUAAAUACUAACCUGAACACUCACAUAUGUAUAAAGAGUUUGUCAAAUUUACACACUUCGAAUUGUCCACAACUUCACAACUAACAUCGCUGAUUGUAAUCACUGACGACAGCUUUUUGCCCUCCAGCAGGGAGGCAUUUCAAUAACAAUGGUUAACAUAUUAGGAAAGCCUCAAUCACAAUGUGUAAUUAAAACACUUAUAAAGUAUUUUAAAACACAAAGACAGCUGAGAGAAUUUAAUAUAUUUAUUUAUUUAAUUCAUUCAAAAAGUGUAUGGACCCCUUGCAGCGUGACGUUGUACUCACAAGAUCCCAACCACAGCUCCUCGAUUGAGGGCAAAAAGCUGCUUGCCUGAGACUAAUUUAACUCAUAAGUGUUUCUUAUUGUCAAAAUUCAGUGUGUUUUGUGUUAAUCUUGAACCACUAUGAUCAAAUAGUGUAUUGAAAAUCCCACUGAAUCUUCAAGUUUGAACCAUGCUCCAGAACAAGGUUGAUCUGUUCUCUUGCACUGAUAAGUCGGUACCAGGAUGAAGCCUUGUGCCAAACUCAGUGUAGAAACAGAAUAAAAUAGUGUGAAAAAAGUGUUAGCACUGGUUCAUCACUGGACCCAGUUUAGCUAAACAUCACCCUCUGAUGAAGUGUUUUAAUUAGUCUGUGUUGGAGGAUCAGUCAUUUGAAACAAUCACCAUUUCUGAUUGCAUAUUUCCAAGUAUAAAAUGUUAAAGCUUUAGAAACUGACAUAUCAAGAUACAGUUUAGGAAUCUGUAGUAAAAUCCAACCAGGUGAUAAAUCGUCUCAGAUUGACAAAGGCUUGUUUUCAACUGGUCUUUCUAGAGUUGAAGCAUGAUUUCAACUCUAGAAAGUGAUAUAAGCAAAUUUUCUGUAACUGAUAUUUCUAUAAAAAUGAACCUUCACUAAAGUUAGGAUAAUCUUUUGACCCAUAGCUACUUCGAUGACGGG